AUGGGUUACAGUUUCGCAGCAGGAACAACCGACGGUCCAGGUUCAUUUUCUUUCGCCCAAGGCACGACAACAACAAAUCCCAUGUGGAACGCCGUACGUAAUUUCGUAGCUGUACCUACGGAGGAGGAUAUAAAGUGUCAUGGUGCUAAGCCAAUACUUCUUGCAACUGGGAGGAUGCGGUUACCGUAUCAGUGGCAGCCACAGACUGUUUCCACUCACCUGGCGAUGAUAGGCGACUUGGUGAUAGUUGGUGUUCCAGGUGAGUUUACUACCAUGUCCGGCAGGAGAAUGAGAGAAACUAUAGCAUCUACCGUUGAAGAGAUCACUAAGGCGCGGCCAACUGUUGUCAUUGCUGGACUUUGUAAUACUUACAGCGAUUACAUCGCAACUCCCGAAGAAUAUGAGUAUAAUCCAGAUUAUACUGAGUGA